AGCAUGUCAAUGUGACAGCUGGUCGGGUGGGGAGAUGCGCCUUUAGCAACCGCAAAGGAGAGGGCAAAGGGGGAUUACAGAGGCUCUACAACAACAGCGUUCCACUGGCGGACUAUCUGCGUGUUUGUUCCAGAGACCGGAGACUCGGGAGCGCUGAGGAGUCGCGUUCCUGUCUGUCUCAGAACUGCGUAAAAACGAGGAUCAGGCGCGUUUGAGUUCACGUAUUGCGCGCUCACUCUCUUUCUCUCUGCCAGGGCUGGUGUGCCGGCAGGGCAUUAACGGAAUAGGCUACAUUUCGCUCCAUUGGCUGAUGAGACGAAUGCGGGUGGAAAUGGAUUAUGACUGACAAUGGCAGCUCACGUCGAGAGGAGCAGAUGUUUCUCCGCAGAAGUCAAAGAGAGGAUUAAACAUUGCCGUUCAUUAUAGCCGUGGAACUGUUUCCCCUCUGCAGAGAUUUUAGUUUUUAUUCUACCUUCUGCCCUUGUUGUAACCUGGUCUGUGUGAUCUUAACUCCAAAUUGAAACCCAUUCCCCAGCAAGAAAAAUUAACAUCGGGUUCACUGCAUGUGAGGGCAAAAGAAAGAGGGGGGAAAAAAAGACAACAACCAACCCAAAAAUCCCUGGGGAAUCUCACGGGUGCAAGCAAUCGUCACCCCUCACUGCAAACCAAUGAUCCAUUAUUUUUGAAGGCGGACCACUUAAUCUACAAGGACCAAUUACUGAAGUGCAGGGCAGUGGGCCAAUAUGAAGGACGUGUGGCUUGUGGAUUGUUUGUUAAUGGGGCUCGCUGUGGCGGCCUUUGUUCCAGCUUCUGUGGCCAGAGUCGAUUGCCCCAAGUCCUGUGUGUGUGAAGUCCGGCCCUGGUUCUCCCCGACGUCGGUGUACAAAGAGGGCCCCACGGUGGACUGCAACGACUUGGGGCUUUUCGAGGUCCCUGAGAGACUACCCGCGGACACGCAGGUGCUGAUGAUGCAGACGAACAACAUUGUCAAGGUCGACCGGCCUUUGGAAUACCUCGUCAAUGUGUCCGAGAUCGACCUGUCGCAAAACAACGUGACGUCCGUGGCCGACCUGGACCUGGGUCGUCUGCCGCAGUUGCUCUCGCUGCACCUGGAGGAGAACUGGAUUUGCACGUUGCCCGAUGACGCGCUCUCCCGCCUCCCGAGCCUUCAGGAGCUCUACCUGAACCACAACCUGAUCUCGUCGAUCUCGCCGGCGGCCUUCAGGGGGCUCCGCGGCCUGCUGCGGCUCCACCUGAACUCCAACCAGCUCCGGACCAUCAGCAGCGAGUGGUUCGAGUCCACGCCGAGCCUGGAGAUCCUGAUGAUAGGCGAGAACCCCAUCCCCACUAUCCCCGAUUUGACCUUCAGGCCCCUGAGGAACCUUCGGAGCCUGGUCCUGACAAGGAUGAACCUCUCGCAGUUACCCGACAACUCUCUGGCCGGCUUGGAGAACCUCGAGAGCAUCUCCUUCUAUGACAACACCUUCCCCGAGGUGCCACAUGGGGCCCUGAGGCACCUCAAGAACCUAAAGUUCCUCGACCUGAACAAGAACCCGAUCGGUCGGAUCCAGCGGGGUGAUUUUGUGGACAUGCCGCACCUGAAGGAGCUGGAAAUAAACAGCAUGCCGGAGCUGGUGUCCAUCGACAGCCUGGCCCUGGACAACCUCCCUGAGCUCACCAAGAUCGAGGCCACCAACAACCCCAAGCUGUCCUACAUCCACCCGAGCGCCUUCCGGAAGCUUCCACGCCUGGAGACACUCAUGCUGAACGGCAACGCACUGAGUGCCCUGCAUCGGGUCACCGUGGAGUCGCUGCCCAAUCUGCGCGAGGUCAGCCUCUACUCCAACCCCAUCCGCUGCGACUGCGUGGUUCGCUGGAUGAGCGCCAACCGGACGCGCGUGCGCUUCAUGCAGCCCGACUACCUCUUCUGCUCGGAGCCACCCGAGUACGAGGGCCAGCGCGUGCGGCAGGUGCACUUCCGCGAGAUGACCGAGACGUGCCUGCCGCUCAUCUCGCCUGAGAGCCUGCCGGCGCGCCUGAGCGUGGCCAACGGCAGUGCCGUCUCACUCCACUGCCGCGCCUUCGCCGAGCCCGAGCCGGAGAUCUACUGGAUCACGCCGGCGGGCACGCGCGUCCUGCCCAACACCGUGACCGAGAAGUACUACAUGCACCCCGAGGGGACGUUCGACAUCUACGACAUCACAGAGAGCGAGGCCGGCCUGUACACCUGCGUGGCUCACAACCUCAUUGGUGCCGACCUGAAGUCCGUCUCGGUGGAGGUUAACGGAUAUUUCCCGCAACCGGCAAACAGCUCCUUCAAUGUGGACAUCAAGUCCAUAGAGGCCAACUCGGUGCUGGUGUCCUGGAAGGCGUCCCACGGGAGCCUGGCGCCCAACAUCAAGUGGUUCACCGUCUCAGGCACGAAAAACCCCACCGUGGCAUUCACCGCCCGCGUCCCGUCCGACGUCAAGGUGUACAACCUGACACACCUCUCUCCAGCCACCCAGUACAAGGUGUGCGUGGACAUCCCCAACGUGCUGCACACGCAGAGGUCCAAGUGCAUCAACGUCACCACGAAGAAGGUCGAGGCCACUGCGGUGGCCGCUGCGGUGCUCGCGUCCGAACACUGGGACGUGGCGGUCAUCAGUGUGUUCGGCGUGCUCCUCACCGCCGUGUCGGUCGCCUGCUUGCUCAUCUACGUGCACCUAGGGAACCAGCAACUCUACGGAGACCUGCGCAAGUGCCGGUCCACAACUCGGUUGGCACCGCAAGCGGCACUGCACUCCCCCUUCACCCGGCUCUGGGUGGAGGGCAAAGACAUGCCAGGCGCAGAGGAAGUGAGAGCCACAGUCAUAAACGUGUCGGACAACGCUUUCUAAAAUAAACGAGAGACACGAUGCGUUACCCACAUCAAUUAACAAAAAAAAACUCUCAUAGCCACAGCCAAAAGGACAGGGUCAUUGAAGGACAAGCUGCCACUACUCUCUGAAAUAACAACGUCCCUGUUUUUGUCAUGGCAAACUUUGACAUUUCAGGAAACCAGUUGCAAAUGUACUUUUAUCGUGGGAUUGUUGGUGGCCAAAACUAUAAAAGGAACAGAAACAGGAGUUCAAACCUCUGUUAUCAUAACCUUUCUGCGUCAGUGGGCCUAAGGACUGUGGCGUCGGCUUGGGGAGCCAUUGCUGAAAUCUGGGAGCCACAUCUCGGACUGUCUGCAGGGUUGAUCUAAGAAGCCAGUUUUGUCUCUUGUGACUGUUAAAUGUGUUAAAGAGUAGUGGAACAGUCCUUGUGAUCCUGAGCAAUACCGUCUGUGCUGUGCAUUCAUAGACGAGUUAGACACCACCCGUUUCAUAAAGGAAAAAAAAAAAAACUCCCUUGUAGAAUAGACGACAACAACAAUGGCGGUGUAAAAGUUUUGAUGAGAUAUAUCUUCUUUUCUAUUUAAAGAGAGAAAUUUUGUCUUUUCAUUGCUAUAAGAAUUGUUAUAUAUUCUGUCCUGAAAAAAAAAAUGUAACAGAAACAUUUACUGUGCUAUAGCCAGUCAGUAAGCUGGUGUGAGUUAUAAGGCAGAGUAUUCUCGUAUCAACACACACAGACACACAUACACACACAAACACACACACACACACACACACACACACACACACAAUCACUGACUAUUGCAAUCACACACAUACAUGCACACAUGCUUAAUAAAGUGCAAAAAUAUGUAUCUUUGGGGGAUUUUUAAGGACUUUGACAUAGCAGAGCUGUUUGAAAUUGAUAGUUUAAAUAAGUGGUGUCCAAUUAAAUGUUAAUUUGAACCUAGUCAGUCGCUGCAAUUCUAAAAAAAAUAUCAACAAACAUGAUCUUUUGAGAAGUUUCCUGUGCCAGUGUAAGUGCCUACACUUUGGAUUUGAAUCAGAAGAAAGGAGGAAGAGAACAACAGUCCACUUACGAAACCCAUGAAUGUUGCUCACACACACACACACACACACACACACACACAAAACAAUCGACGGAUUUCUUGGAGCAACUGCGAAAGUGAAACAGGGACAUGCCAUGUCUGCAGCUUCACGAGUCAACAUCAAGUACUUUAGUGAAGAUAAAAAAAAAUCAUUACUCGCAGUAUUUUUAGCAUUCCCUUGGUUUCAAGGCAUUGCAUUCUUGCUUUGGGUGUAAAAUUAAAAGCCAUUUUUAUAUCGACUGAGCUCCGUGUGUGAUGAUUUUGGCACAGGAGACAACUCUUGGGGGUUGGAGAGGGAUUUUUGAAGAAAAACAAAAACAUUUUUUAACUAGAAGGGGACUCAGAGAGAGAGAGAGAGAGCGCAGACCACAGGCCAAGGCCAAGGCCAAAUGACUGGUCUCAAAAUGUUAAUGAAAGUGGAAAAUAAUUUUGUGGAUCCACACCGUGAUUUGGAUCCACUCCAACAUUUGAUGGGUUCUUUCUUGGCCCCUGCUACACCCCUACACCAAGUUUCAUAAAAAUCAGGCUCAAGGUUUUGUCAUAAUCCUGCUGAGAGACAGGCAGACAGAUAACAAACAAACAAACAAACAAACAAUGCUGAAAACAGCGCUCAUGCCGGAGGUAAUAAAUGGAAUAGUUUGUUUGUUUUCAUCAGCCGACUCACAUGUAUGAUUGUGUAUUGUCUGUUUUUAUUUGUCUUUCAGUGUUCUCUAUUAAGGUUUCAUCAAUUGCAUAACAAUAAUGUAUGCCUUAACAUGCACAACAACGUAUACUUUUGUGUUAAUUAACCAUAAAACAUGUGAAAGCUAA